GUUGGUUAUGUAAGCUGCCUAGUGAGUAUGAGGUCGUGAUGAUCGCUGAAAUCUUGCUCGUCUUAGCAGGCCAUUCGUCCUCCAUAUUUCCUUCUGACCACACCAUAAAUCCCGCGUUUCGCCCUCUGCUGCAUCCGGGCGAGGAACAAUGUCUUCAAGCGAUAGGAAGGAUAGCAGCGAGAUACCGUAGCAUCAAGAAAGCAUGCCUCACACUGACGCGAUCACAAUCGCGGUAUAUCUGUGCUUUGUGUGCCACAUUAAAUCAAAUACUGAAAGACGAAUAUGAGGGCCUGGUGGUCGAAACCGAAACCAAACUGUUGAAGCGAGACCCAGAAUUGGUAGCUCGGGGCUCGUUCGUCCCUCUCACAGCUAUACUGGCCAUUUUCUCGGGAUGGGAGUCCCCUUUCAUAGCACUGGAAUCUCUGAUGGAACAGAUAGAGUCCAAGGACGAAUGGAAACCAGGACCACUCAUCGACAUGCUCAUGGCACGAUCGAAAACGGGGACAAGCCGAAUCGCAGACAUAUUUUCUCGUCUAUCCACGGCCGUUCAACGUACCUGGCGUGCACAGUUAGCUGCUUUCUUGGUCCAUGGAUCAAUAACAGCAACCGAUCCUUUAGCUUCAGGAGACUAUGUCCUUUUGGAAGGCUCGACGCCCGCUUGCGUGUCCCCUCAAGCACGCGAGUCUAUCAUGUACGUCGGAAGAGCUAUCGGAACGGUGAAACACAAGAAAUGGGCACAUCAGACUCCUCGAGAACAAGCGGUCGAACACGCUCAACUGCUCGACACUGUUCUACCUGAAGACAGAUAUAAAUUUGAUUCAGUGAUCGGUCAAAUCCGGACAAACGUCAGUGAAUGGCUCUGGCUACAUGUCCUAACAAGAAAAGACGUGGAGGAAGCGGUUGUUUCUCUAGCGAACUAUUUCCUGCUACGUAACGGGGAAUUCUGUCUCGCGCUCAUCCGUGAUAUCGAGAAGCUGAAGAUAUCACGACUCACCUCACGCACAGGGGUCCCAUCUAUGAUUAAGGAACAGGACCUCAAUCUAGCAUUGCUCCGAGCAUCCCUAAGUACCACUGCCCAACAUGACCCAUCUUUACUCAAGCUCAAAUUUAAACUUCCGUCUGGUCCCAUCAGACCUCUCCUUCCAUCUUUCUCGAAGGUCGGAUCGGAAUCGCUUUUGUCGUCCGUGAACGGCAGUUUCAAUGAAACCACCUCUUUCGACGACCUCCUUCUCGGCACACCCCUUCUUCUCACGUAUGACACGACCUGGCCUCUCGAUUUGUUUCUGCACGCCUCCGACCUGCAAGUAUACUCGGCCUUAUUCGGAUAUCUGUCAUCAGUACGUAAAACUCAGACCCGCAUUCACGGGUGCUGGACGUCGCUGUCCAACGCCCAGCGGGCGAGGCGAAGGUGGACUGGUCUAGGUGAAGGUGGAACAGCGGAGGACCUCAUGGUACGGCAGCAGCUGCUACGUUUCGGGUGGGGAGUUGUCAGGGACAUGGGCUGGUUCCUCGAUACCUUGCUGGAAUAUGUUAUGGUUGAUGUCGUUGACCUUGAGUUCAGGAGAUUGAAGGACUUGGUCACUGGACCUGCGCGAGAACGAUCCGAAGGCGUUGGUCGAGAGGGAGCAACGGUCACGCAUGACGGUAACGUGGCACCCUCAAACCACGCUCGCCUCGACUUCACGACACUGAGAAACAUUCACACUACUUAUCUAGAGCGUCUUGUCGCGGGUUGUUUGCUCUCCAACCCAUCUCUAACAGGCACCGUGCGGUCCAUUCUCGAGAUAUGCGAGCGUUUUGUUGCGCAAGUUGAACGGUGGGGAGGCGAUGUACUCCCGGCCCUCUUGUUUGAGGGCAGCCUUGCAGCAGGGGGACACGACAAGGUCGGAACGCUGGUUCAGGAGCGACUCCAGGAGGUCUCGGAGAUUGAUAAGAGUCUGCAUGAACUCUUUGAAUCAUUUUACCAGCAACUGACGCUGAUGACGUCCUACCAGCCGUUCACUGCUGCAGGGGACGCAUCCAGGUCGGUGCUGAUAAAUGCCAGCGUUGGAAACAUUUCCACUUUACGGCGGACAUUCGCCCGAGGUAAAGGUUUGGAAGGCGAAGGAGAAGUUCGCCGACAUGUGGAGCAGUUACUCCUUCGGCUGGACUUUAAUGGGAGAUUUUCCAAACCAAAAUGGCUUGCAGAGGAUAUGGAGGAUGGGCUGUGAAUGUUGUGAUUGGCGUUGUUAGUGUCGUCGUACCCCUGGUUAUCUAGCCGACGAUCUAGAUCGAUCGUCCUCAGUGGCGAUAACCGGGUCAGAAAUUACCACUGUGGUCCUAGUAAUUAUAGUUUUUGUCCCA